AAACCCCUACCCUUUGGGGCCGCACAUACCUAUAUAGCCCAUAUAAGGGAGUACCCCCCGGGACAUUUGCGCACUUCGACGGAACUAUUCAGCGGAUUUCUUUACAUCUGUUCAUUUUUCCAAAACGUGCGAUAAAUUUCGUUUUUACACAUAUGGAAUAAAGGGAUUUUUUUGUACAGUGAAAUUUUUUUUUCCACGCUAGAAGAACGCAUGUAUUUGAGGUAAAAACGACAUUUCAAAUAAAUAAACCUUACCUUCUGAUACCUCAAUGAAAUCGAAAGGAAUAUUGCAAUCUGAGCAGAAAAUUUGAAUCCAGUUCCAAAUGCCUAUCUGCACGUUUCUUCCAUUGAUAAAAUAAAUUGCAAUGAUACAAAGAAGAGCGUAACAUCAUUUUCUCAUCCUUUUCGCAAAGGAACGGAAGUCAAAAGAUCAACUAUUGUUGGAAAUUAAAGUGUGAAUAUUAAGUUCAAAACGUGCUUGGUGCACGACCUAAACCAAAACUAUAUCAAAGCGACAAAGCCGAUCAAUCUUCGUUUUUUUACAUGACUUUUGUAAUACAAAGAAAAGGAAAUUUUUGAAAAUUAAGUAAAGUUGGAAUGCCGCAUACAUUGUAAGCCGGCGUAAUUAACUCUUAUUGCGAUCCCAUGAGUGACACCUACAUGUCAAACAUUAAAAUGUCUUUUCAAGAAGCAAGAAAUUGCGUGAUUACAGAGCCAGCAGUAAUUUGCUUUUCCCUGGAUUAAAAAACUAACGAAAACGCCAGGGUUGUUCUUUUGUAUUUCCCAAGUCUUGCACUGUUACUGUUCUAAUAUCACGUUGUACAGAGGGCUUGCAAAAAACUGAUUAAAGCUUUGGAGGGGGAUUCUAUUUCGUAAUUAUAAAUUUGCUGCCUUACAUUCCGGUUUGAUUUUCGUCGCUUUUUAAUCCUUGUGAUCUGAGCCUUAAAAAAUCAACUUUAACAUCUAUUCACUAAACUUUUACAUCUGUUAGUUGUGUUUGAGUGAUACAUGAAUUCUUUUCCUGGACAGCUAUCAAACAUUCUUUUUUAAACACGAAUGUCGAAGUCGCAAGAAUUCGCGAAGAGACUUUAAAAGAGCCUUUUAAUUGUAUCUUUCUUUUUAUUGUUUAAAUCUAGCCCUUUUGCUGGGAUGAUUGCGCCAGGAAAUCGAAAAGGUGGCUAGUCUGUUAUUACAAGAGCAAACACAAAUAAACUGGCUGUUAAUUAAUUUGUAUUCGCACAAAAUCUCAAACGAGACGGUGAUCUAUUUUUCUCAUUUCAAUAUGAAUGCAGGCGCUUUAAGAUUUUUUCUUUCUAAAGCCGAGUAAUUACGUCUCGCGUGUCAAUAAUCAGAGGAAAUUUUCCCUCCAAAAGUCCUCCGUACAUAUCUGAUACUUUAAACGCCUUUACAUUUAUCAGUAUCGGAGAAAAACAAUUAAUUUCACUUAGGUCGCAGGGCAGGCUGGAACAGAACGAAAUAAGAGGAACGCCAGGUAUGUAUGGUUCUAAGGGAAUAUUCGGCUUAAUUGCUAGCAAGCAUUUUUUCUCUUGUAUACUGUAAAUUCAAACAAGAGGGUUUGACCUUGUCUGGUAUGUGUGACGACAAACUUUAACCAGACUUCUUGCUAAGUCUACCUCCACGCCGAAAUUCUUAGGUACGAAUCAACCUGUGUUUAAAAUGUUUGCUUCUAUCAAACCAUUUCAAUUUUUAAAUUAUUAAAAGGGCGACCAUAUGAAUUUAUUAUUGAGCGGUUGUUUGAGGUUUCAUAGAAAUUUCAGGCGAACUAAGCCCUUUCUCAUCGAACUUAUCACGCGCACAAAGCUAAUAAUAUACUGCGAUAUCAUGACUUUGAAGUCCGAAAAUAAAACAAUUUAAAAUAAUGAAUUUGCAAAACCACCCAUGCACCGUGAAUCACGUUUCUCGUGGAUUUAAUUAUUGUGUUGUUUUCGCUAAGCGAUGCGAAAAGUCGUCUUCGCCGAUAAAAUUGAGAGAGAUUUCUAGACGAGCUUCUCGCAAAUUUAGAUACCAGUUUCUCGAUCGUUAAAAGUAAAAUAAAAUCUAAUAUUGUUGUCUUCAACAUGACAAUAUUAUAAAAUUUUCCUCAAAAUGUCUUUUUCUUACAGUAUAAUUUUUCAAUGAUUGUCUGACACCUCACUUUAAAGGUGAGAAAAAAGGUAAGCGUUCGUUAUUUUAUAUUUGCUGUCGGUUUCGUUUUCCUACACUGAUUUUUAUUACAUUGGCACGAAAACUGUUUACUUGCUACAACACCUAAAAAAAGUAAAACGAAAUAUUAAAGCCGGAUUAUUUCUUAGACCACACGCACAAAUGAAGAAUUUCGUAUUCCAAUAAACGAGAAACAUUGUUCUUAAAGUUUUCUAUAUUGUGACUAAUUAAUAACCAGCGAAUACUCGUAUACAAAUAUUAUUAAUGGCGGACAGCCCAGCAGCUGGAUUGCAGUCCAUUGCAGAUACAAAAGCAGUCCCACAGAUAUCGCUUUGUUACCGAAAUUGAAAAAGCCACAGUCGGGACAAGAAUUUUCCUCCACGACAAACGGUAAACUAUACUGGUGUUUUACCUUUUUAAUUAUUGUAACAAAAAUACCAAAAAUAUUAAGCACGAUUAACAUGCCACAAACUGAAGAAUCGGGCUAUAUGAUCCACUGACAUUAUUUAGUUAGACAUGUAAGAAGUAGAAUUUUAUGUUAAUUAACUCUUAAAAGCGACCAGCCAUUUUCACCGCAAAAAGAAAACAUACAAAGGUAUAAGAGUAUAAUGUAAAGUGAAUUAACCAUUUCUAACUCAUAAACUCCACAGUGGGGCAAUAACAGAACUCAGUUUUUUCAGUUUAGCAGAAUAAAACCUAAAAUGUCACACGAGGUGCUCGACCGUAAUAAUUACAAUAAGAAAACGUUCGGUUUUCCAAUUUUUGCUAAUUUAUUGACUCUUAAUUAAAAGGAAUUACUCCUUGACUCAGGAAAAGCUCCGAAAAAGUUUUGAAUAUACAUGUAAUUUCUUCCUUUCAACUGAUUCGAACAGUCCCCAUGAUUGGUUGGUUCAUAUCAGUCAAUUUCCAUAACAAUCAAGAACUAUUUAUCUUAUCUCAUUGUUAAAAAUCGUCAAACAAAAGACCUGGCUUCUAUAAAAAGUACUUAAACGACGAUCUUUCAAACGGGAAACAUUGGUUUAUUGAUAAAUUUAAAUCCAAAGAUAUUGAAAACGUUUCUUGUCAAGUCGACCUCAAAUUCAAAGGCUUUGCUGAUGCAGCACUGAAUUACAAUUAUGCAAAUGAAUCAACACGAUUGUGAACGAUGAAAUUGCUAUGAGCCAUGUCUCACUUCCAUGGCAUUAUCCUCGAUCCUAAAUUAACAACAAAAAAUAAAGGCUCAAAAGUCAGGUUUUGAUUUAAGUUUUCGGUAGAUAGAAACGAUAUCUUUGUCCCGUCAUUAAAAACUGUAAACAUUCAAAACCUCACCCUUAAUUUACGUCUGUAAAUACUUUCACGUCUCAAAUGACUUAUUCAUAAUUUGAAAUACGAUAUAGCUUUUUUUACAAUAUCUUGGAAACGAUUCCUUGCGAAGAAUUUCAUAAUACACAUUCGGCUAUUUGUUAAGAACAACAUGCAAGGAAACGUCUAAAGAGAUCCCCAACAAGAUUUGUACCAAAAGCACACGCUACACGAUAAUGAGUGCGAGUUAUGUCUCGAGAGGAAGGUGCUUUUGAUAACAAACAAUAAUGUAGACGCAAGCUUCGACGUCAAGGACCUAUGUCUUAAAACAUGGCCAAUUUUUCAAGCUUGAAGUUCGCAAUACAUCUUAAUUCUAGGUUGUAGCAAUCUUCCCUUAUUUUCGGUUUAUUAUUACUUCUCUGGUUAAUAUUGUGACCUGUAUCGUUAAAGGAGAUUGAUUUAAUAGUGACAGUUUCCUUGACAGUAAAAGAGUUUUUUGCCGAUUUUCUACAACAUGCUUACUGGUGUUGACUGAUAUUUUCGGCGUAAAAUGCUCGGAUAAAAACAAAAACUGUAAGGUGUCCCGGGUUACUAUUUUGUCCAUGACGGUAAAAAUGUUCAUGAGAUGGGCGUCCCGGUGUCGAAGCAGAACCUGAAAUUUCACUAAUGGAUCAGGUGUCAAAUAUGUUAAGUCACACCCAUGUCCUAAAAUCUAUAAAUAAAUUAUGGGAAAGACACUUUCCACACAACACAAACAAUAUGGUUUAUUGAAGCUUAAAAAUGAAAAUGAGCAGUUCAAGAAAAUGUGCUCCUGUUUUGUCAGUUUUCUGUUUGGAGUUGUACAAGUGAGCUCAGUUUCAACCGUUUCACAGUUUGGGAAGGUCCAUCGUGGUAAGAUUAGAAACAAUUUCUUAUUUAUUUAACUUAAUGGUAUCGGAACCAUAAACAUGAAGUUGUGAAGGUUGGGAAAAAACGGAAAGGUAAUUGCCAUCCUCUUCUUUAUACGUUUACACACAAUCAUUCAAGAAGGCUGAAUGACCUAAGAGCACUAGAAAGAACGUAACAUUGGAAACAGUUUUGACUUUUUCAGCAAGGUCGCCGGCUAAACUGAAAAUAUUGAAAACAUAAGAGACUGUAAUGGCUUAAAAAGGUAUGAGUAGUGCAUAAUGUUUAUCAUUAUUUUUAUUUUUGGAGUUGACAACAAGCGCGUAAUGGUUGGGCCCAAUGAAAACAGUGAAUUUUGUUCACCACGAUCCUCGUGCUCAGGGCAGCGUCGGGGCUCGAACGAUUUGUUGAAGUACUGUAUAAUUUGCUCAUAUUGAUAUCAUGUCGCGUCUUGUUUCAGAUAAUUGUAUCUAAAUCUUUUUUCAAAUAAGGUUACAAGGUACUGCAUGGACCAAAAAACCUCGUUUCCUGGAAAUUUGACCUUCUGCUGGGAAGGUUUAAUUUUUUUCUUUACGUGCUGGAAAUUAGGAUCACUAGCAAUAAUGUUUACGUGCACAUUAAGGUGCCAAUGUGCCUUUAAGAUCCUGUCUACAGUUAAUCGUUUUAGCCUGAAAACACGUUCAUCUGAUUGUUUACAUGGUAAAUGGACACCUUUGAAACGCCAGCCCUGUCACUUUGGUGUGUACGGGUGUAAACAAUUACUUUUGAAAACUAACGACGCAAUUCAAGGUUAAUUAAUCGCGGUAAGCUUCACUUUUACGCAUGCGUAACGCCAGAUCCUCAUCGUUUGUUUGGAAGCGUCUGAACACGAUAGUGUGGGAGAAAAUAUUUUGGUACGUACGCGGACUUCUGGAAACGUUAUUUGUGGAGACUGCGAAUGAAGGUUGAGUUGUAAUCCGGCGCUGAUAGCUUGGGAGCUGAGCAAAAGUGAAGAUUAUCCGCCAGAAACCGCAAUCUACGUCGCCUUGGAAGAUCAACCUGCCAGAGAUUUGUCAGAGAUAAUACAAGGCAGUCACUGAUAUCACUGGUGUUAUAGACCUGCCACGAUCCAGUGAUAACACGUUUACAAUUGAAGACGUACGCGCCGAAAGAAAAUGUCUGCAAAUAGCACUUCUACCCUGGGUAACUUCACCACAGUGCCGACUCCGGUACAGAGAUCGGUCUCCGAGGCUAGUAUCAUCGCGUCCGCGACUUUCGUCACAAUUGUACUGGUGCUCACGAUUGUAGGGAACAGUCUUGUUUGUUUCAGCGUGUACUACUUUCCACGGCUUCGCAGGCCGACCAACUUCUUGAUCGUGUCGCUGGCGGUGAGUGACCUACUCGUGGGGUCGUUAUCUCUGCCGUUCAGGAUUGCACAGACGGUUAACCACGAGAAGUGGCCCGCCAGUUUGGGUCGCGCUGGGUGUCAGUACUGGAUAUGGAUCGAUAUGUUAUGUUGCGGUGCGUCCAUACUCAACCUCACGGGAAUCAGCUUCGAUCGACUGCUAGCGGUGAAAUGGCCGCUGACAUACCGCGAGAACAUGACAUCGAAGAGAGCUGCGUUAGUGAUUCUCUUCGUAUGGUUGUACGCGUUUCUCUUUGCUUGCCUGUCGUUUGUGAAGUGGGGCGGAAAGGAAACCAUCGAUUACGAACCUCAGUGUUCGAUAAAAGCUAAAAUCUACAUCACUAUUUUGGCGUGCGCUGCGUUCUUUUUCCCGCUAGCCGUUCUCAUCUUCAACUACACGCUGGUUCUCAAGAUCGCAAUUCAGCACGCGCGAGCAGUGCAGAAAGAUAGAGACGCUAUUGCGGUCAACUUCUUGCCCGAACAAGACAACGCUAACGAGGAGACCAGCGGCAUUGCCAGCUCUCCAGGGUCGAGUACCAGGGCCAUAUCCAUAGGAAAACGAAGCUGCGAACCGCUCACUGAACAUAAACCCCGAAGGUCUUCAGGACUACACAUUAUGAAGCAACUCAAAGCAACCAAGACGUUGGCUAUCGUGGUGGGAGUGUUUAUUUUGUCGUGGUUCCCAUUCUUCGUCAUCUUUCUCACAUUUCAAUACUGCCCAGAUUGCUUCGGUAACGAGAGAAUACCCGCAACUGUUAAGACGGCCCUCAUCAUAGUGUUCGUAAACGUUCUACCUGUCAGCAAUUCCGCAGCUAAUCCCAUAAUCUAUACUUGUUUCAACAAGGAGUUCCGCACGGCCUUUUUGCGCGUCCUCUGCAAAAUCUCACGGAGAUCAGACGCAAAGUUUCUGUCGAAGUCAAACGGUUAUACGGAUACAUUCUCUUCCUAUGCGUAAGUCUUAAAACAAAAGAGAUAUGCCUGUUAUCUUUAUUGACUCGUUUAGAUAGUAAGUGAACGAGAUGAACUACUUCGAUUCUCGAAAAUUUGAUAUUUACUUUAUGUUUUUAUCACAGUUCCACUGUUUCCUUUGUCUAUUACGGCGAGUUUCAUUAACAUUUUACGAACACCUUUGAAUAUAGAACGCAGAUGAAAGACAAAAUAUUGACUCCCCCUCAGAGAAACACAUAAAGAAAGUAAGUAGAAACUAGAACUAUUGAAAAACUGAAUCGCGUAACAACGUUUUGAUUGAAAAUUACGACGAAAUGACCAUUACCAAAUGAGAAGGGCAAUUAGUGCUUUUAGUAGAGAACGCGAUUCCUUGAAGACUUCAAUUUUUGCAAUUACACGAAAUAUCAUUUUCUCAGUUUUGACUCAAUAUUACUACCCAGUAUGAUACGAAUUCCACAAGUAAGACUUAGUAUGCGUAUAACUUAGCGUUCACAACUUAAAAUUAAUUAAUUAAGCUAUUAUGUUUACUUUGCCUGCGUUAUCACAGUUUUUUAAGCAAGUGCUUAUUCAAAGUGUAAUCCUAGUUUCUGUAAUAUCUCAAUGCCAUGAAUAUAUUGCUGAUUUAAUUGCAAUAACGGUGAAAAAAGAAACAGAUUGAAUAAUCUUUGACGAAACAUUUCUUUAGGAAUACCGCAUCAAAAAAUGCCGCCUAUCUUGGAAUUGAAUUCGGUGGUUUAUACUUCACACGCGCUAGACAAAUGAAGGCAGAGAUUAGAAUUUAAAUAAUAUAUUAUCGGUUGGCAAUUCAGAAUUUGCGAAUUAAGCGCAGACUGCAAUUUAAAAAAAAAAUCUGGAAAUUUUACAUUUUGUAACCCAUUUUGUCUAAUGGCUAAAUCUAACAAAAGACCGACAGGAUCUGCGUCUUGUGUUAGCGGCAAAACAUGUUCGGAACCUUCCAAAGACGAUUAAUCACUUUUCAAAGUAAUGCGUGAUAACGGUUAACACCUAUGGAUAAUAAAUGAUUGUUUAGUCUAGCGUAACAAAGGCUAUUAGCUCCCACAUAGCUUGUUUACUUUGCUUCUGUGCCGUAAAACGGUAUCAACCGCGCUACCCUGUGGGAUAAAACGAGAACGGACUUCAAUACUCUUGAAAUAUUAACAUUCUUAAGCGUAAAUUUGAGAGAAGGGACCACUUCAACACAGCUUAAUCAAGAACAUUUUGCUCGUAAAUGUUAAUCACGCUGAAAAGCUUGUUCGUAAUUUUCAUUGCAAAAUAGUUACUGGAUGUAGUUCACAGCCAAUCACGUGUGAAAAUGAAACCAUGACUCGCUUGAAUGGCACUAGAGAGACUUUUAUUGGCUUGUUGUUUGAUUGCGUCGUUUUGUCCCUGACAAACGAAGACCAUUUGUCGUUAAGGUCUAAUUGCUUUUAGGAAAGAAAGUAGAAUGUAUAAAUUCAAUGCUAGCUUGUGAUUCUUAAGACGGAUUGUUCACGUCGAUGGGGUGAUAAACCAUAACAAUGAGCGUUUCUAUGCAAAAGAAAUAAUGAAAAAAAAACCCUGCUACUUUCUACUGUAUUAUUUUCUGUAUUUCACAUUCUUUUCUUUAAUUUUUCAAUUUCCUUUACAGCGUGCCAGUGAACGAUCACAAAAUUUAAUUACCUCUGUAUUAAAUUAACACAAAACACUGCGGUAGCCCACAUGUAUAGUAAUUGCUAUUUAAGCUUAUAAUUAGGCAGCGGUCCUAAGCAAUUAACUUUGUAUUAUUGAUGAUUUAAAAGCAAUUUGGUUGUUUUCAAUUAGUUUUAGCUUAGCCCCUCAUAAUACUCAGCCACUGUAUAAUAAUUUUUGCUAUGGCCAAGUCUCCGUUUAAGGGCAUAGUUAAAUUACGAGCUCGGUUUAGUUUAUAUUUUAUUAGGAUAUUUUUACCCCAGUUUUACUAUAUUGUAUUAAUUACAGCGCUGUGUGCCUUAGUUGUGUUAUUAUUCAGUGCUCGAGGGGACAUAUCCAUUCCGUUAGCUAAGAGAUUAAAAAUAAAAAACACUCAAAGAACAUCUUUUUUUAACAGAGAAACUUAAGGCUGGUUUUUCGGUUAUAUCGCUGGGGAUCGGUUAGAACAAGCUUAUUCGAAAACGGAAUUACCAAGGCUCAUGGUCAUUAUGAGAGAAAUGUGUACCGGCACCGUUAUGUGUCUUGGCAAAGGAGAGAUCACAUACACUUUAAUGACCUUGCCACGUUUGAAAGUGUUUGAAAGUAAAAUACCAAAUGGCGCCUUAUGAAAUAUAGCCGAUAUUUCAAAAGGUGCUAUUUGGUUGUUUUCGGCAAAGUAAGGUCCCGUGCACAAUACGUCGGAGGAAUUUGAAAACGACGUUUUCACUAAGAAAACUCAUCAAAAGUUUUCCGUCCACACUACGCAGGAAAAAUUUGAAAACGCAACAAUUACCGGUCAUUUUGGAUUUGUGUUUGAG